AUGGUUUCCAACAGUCAUAUAUUGCGCGUUCAGUCUCGCGCAACUCCCCAUCCUCUCCCAAGCGGAGACCUGAACGCUUCAGAUACGUGGGGAAACGCUCAUAUCAAGUUAGCUGAUGUGAGGGUUGACAACUUACUUGCCCCUCAGGCCGUCCUGACUGCUACGACUACGAUUAAAUUCUGUCGCCUUCAUGAGACACUUCACGUAGAAUCUACGACGACGUUAUUCUCUACCAACGUCGAUAGUCGCGACUCGCAGCCUACGCCAUCUCCAAGUGAUAUCGUGGCCUGGGAUGGCGUCUGCUUCAGAAUUCGUUUUUUUUGGCUCUUCGUAUGGCAAACAAUAGUGUCAGUUCUAGCAUCCUACGUAAACCUUGCAGCAGACCACGACUUCCACGACGAGGACAGUCUCGUCUUUGGCUACGCGAGUGCCAUGGCAUCCGAUUUGCCUACAUCGUUUCCAAUCUACAUAGCUACGCGAAGGCAGACCAGAACCUUCGCUCAAACUCUACUUCCAAUCUCAGACACAUCUCUUGACUUUUUUGACUCCGAACGAAGAUCAUGGAUUCGUCCGGAAAACUCAGGUAACGUUUUGAGAUCCGACAACACAGUAUUCCCAUAA